UUGAGAACAAGAAAGCCCAAAGAGAGUUUUUUUAACCACCUAAACUAGCUCUAUUUAUGUUUACUGUGCUCUAGACUUGUGGAGGAGCUAUAAGUAAAUCUUCGCCGCAUGAUGAAUUGGAUGACUACGAUCUGGAAGAAAGCAAAAUAAUUGUUUCAUUGUUGCUGGUGAUUUGCUUAGUGUGUGGAACGAUGCCAGAAAGACUAACAGAAAUGCUUAUGGAUACAUGGGCCCCAUUAGUAAUAUUAUGGAUUACUGUAUUCCCAUCCAUGUACAUGGCUCCAGUGAACGAUUCACAAGUAUUACCAAGUGGAUCUAGUAGAGGACUAAAUGAAAUAAGGGAAGAGCAAAAAGUGUUGAACCGUUCGAAGAGGGGCUGGGUAUGGAAUCAAAUGUUUGUCUUGGAAGAAUUUUCUGGACCGGAACCUAUAUUAGUUGGUCGGCUACACACAGAUUUGGAUCCUGGAAGCAGCAAGAUCAAGUACAUCCUCUCAGGUGAUGGAGCUGGGACUAUCUUUGUGAUCAAUGACAAGACAGGUGACAUCCAUGCAAUGAAAAGACUUGACCGGGAAGAAAAAGCUGAAUAUACGCUAACGGCCCAAGCAGUCGAUAGGGAUACAAGCAAACCCUUGGAGCCUCCUUCGGAAUUCAUCAUUAAGGUUCAAGACAUAAAUGACAAUGCUCCAGAGUUUGUUGAUGGUCCAUAUCAUGCAACUGUUCCAGAAAUGUCUGUCGUAGGUACUUAUGUUACUAAAGUGACAGCCACUGAUGCAGAUGAUCCUGUUUAUGGAAACAGUGCCAAGCUGGUCUAUAGCAUCUUGGAAGGACAACCUUACUUUUCUGUGGAACCACAUACAGCAAUUAUUAAAACUGCUCUUUCAAACAUGGACCGAGAAGCCAAAGAGGAGUAUUUUGUUGUCAUCCAAGCAAAAGAUAUGGGUGGGCAUAUGGGCGGUCUCUCUGGAACCACAACCGUGACGAUUACUCUGACUGAUGUCAAUGACAAUCCUCCAAAGUUUGCACAAAGUUUGUAUCAUUUUUCCGUAUUAGAAGACAUUGCUAUUGGCGAUCCAAUAGGAAGGAUUAAAGCGAAUGACCUGGACACUGGCGAAAAUGCUAAAUCAUUCUAUGAUAUUAUUGAAGGCGAUGGAAUGGAUAUAUUUGAAAUCACCUCCGACUCCCAGACUCAGGAAGGCAUACUUCGACUGAGAAAGCCCCUGGACUAUGAGGCCAAAAAAUCCUAUACUCUGAAGAUAGAGGCAACCAAUGUUCAUAUUGAUCAACGUUUCAUCAGUGUGGGGCCCUUCAAAGAUACAGCAACAAUCAAGAUCGUAGUAGAGGAUGCCGACGAACCGCCUGUCUUUUCGUCACCGGAUUAUCUGCUAGAAGUGCACGAAAAUGCAGCCAUUGACUCUGUGAUUGGUCAGGUGACUGCUCGAGACCCUGAUGUAACAUCAAGCGCCAUAAGGUUUUCCAUCGAUCGGAACACUGACCUUGAGAGACAGUUCAACAUUAAUACGCAAGACGGGCGGAUAACGUUGGCAACCCCGCUGGACAGAGAAACCAGCACAUGGCACAACAUCACCAUUGUGGCAACAGAAGACAGAAACCCCAGUCAGAUAUCCCGAGUGCCUGUUGCUAUCAAAGUCCUUGAUGUAAACGACAAUGCCCCUGAACUGGCAUCAGGAGAUCAAGCCUAUUUGUGUGAAAAUGGAAAAUCAGGAAAAGUCAUUCACACCAUGAGGGCCAUUGACAAAGAUGAUCCCAAGAAUGGACACCACUUUGUUUAUAACCUCCCACCUGAACUGUCAGACAACUCAAAUUUCACAAUCCAGAAAAAAAAAGACAACACCCUUGACAUUUUAACCAAACGUGGUGGAUUCAGCCGGCAGAAGCAAGAAGUGUAUCUUCUACCAAUCAUUAUCAGCGACAGUGGAAAUCCUCCAAUGAGCAGCACCAGCACCCUCACCAUUAAGGUCUGUGGUUGCAGCAAUGAGGGUAUUGCUCAGUCCUGCAAUGCUGAAGCUUAUGUACUCCCUAUCGGUCUCAGCAUGGGAGCUUUAAUAGCAAUACUAGCCUGCAUCAUUUUGCUGCUAGUCAUUGUGGUGUUAUUUGUAACCCUGAGGAGACACAAGAAUGAGCCUUUGAUUAUCAAAGACGACGAGGACGUGAGGGAAAACAUAAUCCGGUAUGAUGAUGAAGGAGGUGGCGAAGAAGAUACGGAAGCCUUUGACAUUGCAACUUUGCAAAACCCAGAUGGAAUAAAUGGAUUUUUACCCCGCAAGGAUAUUAAACCUGAUCUUCAGUUUAUGCCCAGACAGGGAUUGGCCCCUGUCCCUAACGGUGUUGAUGUUGAUGAAUUCAUCAACGUCAGGCUUCACGAAGCUGACAAUGACCCUACAGCGCCUCCAUAUGACUCAAUCCAGAUUUAUGGAUAUGAGGGAAGAGGAUCAGUAGCUGGUUCCCUAAGCUCCCUAGAGUCUUCACCCUCAGACUCAGAUCAGAAUUUUGACUACCUCAGUGAAUGGGGCCCCCGUUUUAAAAGACUUGGAGAACUUUACUCAGUUGGAGAAAGCGACAAAGAAACUUGACAGUGGAUUACAAACUCUUUUUUUCACUCUUGACUUAAACACUCAUGUAAUAUUCUAGGGCCACUGCUGUUAGUUUUGACUAAUGUGGCUUUUGUUUUAGGGGCAAGUUUAGCACCGGUCAUCUAUAAAAUCAACUACAUUGUAAUGUUGAACCAAAAAAAAAGUGCAUAACUCAAAAGUAUAUGUUAGGAGGUCCGAGUCUUGUGGAGUGUAAAGUGAAGUACGUAGAGUGUCUAGAAGUCUUUGGAUAUUCUAUAUUCACAUGACCACUCUGAAGAAAGGAGUUUGGAUCUUUGAUAGUUUUCAGAGAAUUAAAGGGAAAAGAUACUUUUCUACAGAACAGGCUUGUGUGAAUUUUCACUGAAGAAGAGUACAUUCUGAAGGACUUUGAAGAGCUAACGGUUUAUUUCCACGUUGCCAACGAAGAUCCCACUUUAAAAAAAAAAAUGUUAAAGCAAUAUCUGGUCUUCUGUGCAAUGCUGAUUUU